AUGGUGGCAACUACCCAGUUAGGGUCGACGCCGCCCUUGGAUCCAGGCCAUACGUCUGUACAACAGGGGGGAUCAUUCUUAGAUGUGGCAAGAUUGAGCAAUGGAAUCUCGACGAAAUUGGUCCCUAUUCCUAUGAAAAAUCCAACACUGAUUAAUGGGCAGAUGGGCUUUGUAUUUAUAGAUCAAGAGACGAAGAAGCUGGCGGAUGAUCUCAGAUUUACCCUGGUGAUUAAGUUCUUGACUACACGGCCAAAUAUUGAUGAAUUGAGAAGGGAGGUGGUAAAAACAUGGGGGCUGAAGGAGGUUCCAACAAUCAGUUUUAUGGACGAGUUUCACGUGCUUAUUCAAUUGAAUAAUGAAACUGACUUCCUUCAUGUUUGGGCUCGAGAGGGAAGAUCCUUGAUGGGAGCUAAGUUCAGCAUAUUCAAAUGGACGCCGGAUUUUGAUAUGAAAAGCGAGCCUUCUAUUGCAACACAAUAG